AUGCAACAAUCAGGAAACGGAAACUUAGCGAAAUUCGGGCCGAGCAGUGAUGAGAUGAAAUCAUCAGAUAAAGUUUUGAAUAAUUCAGUGAAUUUGAAUCGUCCUUCUUCGCCGCGACAAUUCUUUGAAAGGCUCUAUGGGCAUUUGGAAACCAAUAAUAGUGAUAAAAGUAACAAAAGUGAUUGUUCACCUUCGAAAGGCCAGAUUGAUGUCUCACCCAUGCCAAGUGAUCUAAGCGCGUCGCCUGUGUUUCAAGAAGAAAGGAAUGUAAAUAUGAGUCCAGUUUCAAUUCUCAACGUGCAACCGGCCAGUUAUGAUGGAUUACAUGCCAAUUCUUCAAAUCAUUUACCUUUUAUGCCUUGUAAUUUAACUAGCACAAAACCCUACACUUUUGCAUCAGAUCCACAUUUUGCAGUUGGUCUAUCGGCAUUUUUGGCUCGAAGACGGAGAAAAGAAGGAAGACCUCGACGGCAGCGAACCACAUUUAGUAGCGAACAAACGCUAAGAUUAGAAGUAGAAUUCCAUCGCAACGAGUACAUAUCACGGGGACGACGAUUCGAACUGGCAGAAUCACUGAGAUUGUCGGAGACACAAAUCAAAAUUUGGUUUCAAAACCGUCGAGCGAAAGAUAAACGCAUCGAAAAGGCCCAUAUCGAUCAGCAAUACAGAAAUUUCGUGGUUGCCAACGGUUUUAUGACUUCCAUAAUAUCACCGAACGCCUUUCAACCAAUCAUGUCGGACCUACAACACCACUUGCAGCUAUCGACACCACCAUCGAAUUGUCCCCAAUCACGAAUAGGGUCGUCGUCAUCCACCACAUCUUCCUUAGAUAAUAUAUUUCCUAGGGUUAAUAAUAAUGUCAUUAGCUAUCACCAUCACCACCGCGGACUGGAGAAUAAUUCGAAUAAUAUCCCGAAUUAUUACUCACCGUCGACAACCGCCCAAAUAGACUCAUCCUGUUAG